AAGUCUUUGACCUGCAGAUAGUCAGAGAUUGAUGUGAAAUAUUUAAUGAUUCAUGAGAUGGUAUACAAGAGGCUCUACCUAAUUACUGAUACAAUAUUGUAUUUGUAUUAUAUUACAGAAGAAUUAUUGCAUCUAAAUUUGAGUCCAUUGGCACCUUUGCUUCUGUUUACUGAGAUGGAUUCCUUGUGCGCUGUCACUGACUGUCAUCCUCAGUGUUUCUGUGAUUGCUAACUCUACAGCUUUGUAAGCAGAAAAAUCCGUUGCAAAAACCCUUGAAAUAAGAGCUCAAACUGAUGGAAAAGCAACUCAAAUAGGUGUAAUUUCCCUGAACUAUUGAGUGAAGUUGAGACUUGAACUUAGCAAAGAGCCUAUAGAAACUCUUUCUUCAGGCAUCUAUUCUUUUAGCAGUUGAAGGUAAAUUGCAUACCAAGAAGACUUGAAUCUCUUCAGGGUACCGAAAGCUAGAGUUUGGUCUGGGAUCAAACCCACUGGAAAUGUUUAAGAUAAGGAGAGAGUAAGUGUGUUUUGAACUGCAAGGACAUGUUAGGUCCUUGCUGGAUAGGUAGAGUUAUUUUAAAGUGACUUACGUCCCAGCACUCAGCAUUGAAACCAGAUUUCAAUGGAUGUUACAAAGUGAUUCACUGUGUUGAAAUUCACUUAUUGCUGUAGAAGAGCAAGUUCAGGGUGUGUUUGAAAUGUAUGGUUCUGAUUUCAGUGGUGAUCAAAUUAUUACUCAAAUUUCAUCUGUUGCAACCUUCAUCUUGCAGAAGGAGCAUUUCAGUUCAGAAAUGCAUCUGCUCAGCAAGACAAUUCUGUUGGUCCCUGAGUUAGUGAAGGGGUGAUAAAUAGGUUUUGGUGGAAAUGGAAGUCAGUGGUGCAAGAGAGUAAAAUUUUAGUGCUUCCCUGUUUUAAAUAUGGUUUUCAACUGUAAUGGGACAAUUGUGUAUCAAUUGAUCCAUGAUUCUAUACGUACAUGAGGACAAAUCACAACUUGCAGAAGUAGCAGAAGAAAUCAUGUCAAUAAAUGGUGGUGAAGAUCAUUAUUUGAAAAUAUUUCACCCUGGAGUCUAUUUACUGGGAAAGUAUGGGCAGAGGAAAAUCAGAGAAAUCCAAGAAAGAGAAGCAGCUGAAUACAUCGCCCAAGCACGAAGGCAGUAUCAUUUUGAAAGUAAUCAGAGGACAUGCAAUAUGACAGUGUUGUCAAUGCUUCCAACAUUGAGGGAUGCCUUAAUGCAUCAGUUAAAUUCUGAGAGUCUCACGUCUCUACUUAAAAAUAGGCCAGCAAACAAGUUAGAAAUAUGGGAGGAUUUAAAGAUAAUAAGUUUCACAAGAAGCAUUGUAUCUGUAUAUAGUACCUGUAUGCUAGUAGUUCUUUUGAGAGUCCAAUUAAAUAUUAUUGGUGGUUACAUCUACCUAGAUAAUGCUGCAGUCUGCAAAAAUGGCACAACACCAUUAGCUCCCCCUGAAGUCCAGCAGCAAUAUUUAUCAAGUAUUCAGCAUCUUUUAGGAGAUGGACUGACUGAGUUAAUAACUGUUGUUAAACAAGCUGUGCAUAAAGUUUUUGGAAGUGUUUCCCUUAAGCAAACCUUGUCUCUUUUGGAGCUGGAACAGAAACUUAAAGAUAUCAGGGAAGCAGUGGAAUAUAAAGAUUCAGAUAAGAUUGCAUCUUACUCUCCCUUGUGUCAUUAUUUGAUGCCAGAUGAAGAAAACCCCUUGGCUAGCCAGGCCUGUGGACUCACAGAAAGAGACACUGCUACAAUUAAAUUACUUAAUGAAACUAGAGAUAUGCUAGAAAGUCCAGAUUUUGGUACAGUUUUAAGCACAUGUUUAAACAGAGGAUUCAGUCGAUUGCUGGACAAUAUGGCCGAGUUUUUUAGACCUACUGAACAGGACCUCUGUCAGAAUGGCUCUGUAAAUAGUCUUUCCAGUGUCAGUCUUCCUUUAGCCAAGAUAAUUCCAAUAAUAAAUGGACAGAUCCAUUCAGUAUGCAGUGAAACUCCUAGUCAUUUUGUGCAGGACCUGUUGAUGAUGGAACAAGUGAAAGAUUUUGCUGCUAAUGUGUAUGAAGCUUUUAGUACCCCUCAGCAGCUAGAGAAAUGAACUGCACAUUAAUAGGAAUAGAUCAUGUAUUCAUAACACAUCCCUUGCAACUACUGACGAGAUUUGGGUUAAUUCUAUAAUGGUGUAGGAGUGGUAGACUAGCAGAGGGAACAUACCUAAAGAAAAAGUUGGGAGUGAGCCCAUAUUUGUUCUAUCUAAUAGAAUUCUGCUUAAAGCACCCAUUUAAAAUACUCUUCCUGAAAGAAUCCCUGUAUGUAGAGAGUUUUCUAUUAAAAAGUGGCUAAACUCUUCCUUAUUUAUGAUAAUUUUUAUUUCAUCCAAAAGGCAUCUCAUGACAGUAUUACAACAAAGUUGUUUAAAAAAAAAAUUGCCUGGGCUGUAGUAAAUUUUGGAAAAAAAACUCAUUAACAAUAAUGAUCAAAGAAUAGCACAGAGCACACUCUUCUUCCCUAAAGCUUUUCUUUUUAUAAAGGAACACUCUUCUUUCCUUGAUGUUAUGAACAUUAUUCCAAAAACUUUCUGAAGAAUGAGACUGUCUUUGUCAACUGAUGCACAUUCCUCAUCAACAUGUUAGGGGGUGGUGUCCCUAUUGCUUUAUACCUAAAGAAUGUGGAUUUUUAGAAGUUUUCUUGUUUAUGCUGUUCAAACAGCAACUGCUGUACACAAUAACUUGUAAAUAUUUUAUCUUAAUUUGUAUUAAUUUUGAGCCCAGUUGUCUGUAUUGUAAUAAAAUAUUUUAAUGUAAA